AUGCUAUCGAAACGAGGCGUCAAAAGCGCUGCUAGCCAAGAUAUCCCCUGGCGCUUCGCACCGGGCGGAGGUAACAGAUACGAUCCUCUGUCAAACCCCAGUGGAAUUAUCUCCUUCGCGACGGCCGAAAAUAGCUUGAUGCACAAGGAUCUUCAUGAAUAUGUUGACAGGAAUGCAGUUAUUCCAGAACUGGCCUUUGCCUACCGUUUCAGCACGAUGGGGGGACCUCGCUUUCCCGUGGCCAUGGCGAGGCACCUCAAUGAGUACUUCAAGCCAUUCUCUCCCGUGGAGGCAGAUCAAAUCAUCACCGCGUCAGGCUUGACGGCCAUCCACGAAUUAGUCGGCUACAGCUUGGCUGACCCAGGUGAAGGUAUCCUCGUCAGUCGCCCUGUGUAUGGUCGUUUUGAGCUCGACUUCGGCAAUACCAAUGGUCUGAAGAUUGUUUACGCCGACAUGCACGGCACUGAUCCGUUUUCCGCAGAGGCUGUAAUCAAAUAUCAGGAGGCCUUUGAGAAGUCAGCGCGGGAAGGAGUGACUAUCAGAGCUGUGCUGAUUGUGAACCCUCACAAUCCUUUGGGGCGCUGCUACUCGCCCGAGGCGUUGAAGGCUUUGACAUCUUUCUGCCAGAAGGCACGUAUCCACCUAAUCAGUGACGAGGUUUACGGCCUCUCGGUAUAUGAUAAAGACCCAAAGCACGGGUAUGAUUUCACCUCAGUGCUAUCAAUUGACACUCGCGGUCUCAUUGAUGAGGAUCGAAUUCAUAUCUUCUAUGGUCUAAGCAAGGAUUUCGCCGCCGCCGGUCUACGACUCGGUUGUCUCGUUACCCGUUCCAAGCUUUUACGCAAGGCAGUCGGAUGUAACAUGCGAUUCCAUAACCCUUCCGGAAUGUCCGUAGCGAUUGCAACCGGGAUACUAGAAGAUAGAAAGUUCGUGUCGUGGUUUGUGGAUUUGUCACGCCAAAGGCUCAGAGACACUCGAGAUUAUACAAUGCAGAUGUUGGAUAGUGCUGGAGUCAAAUAUCAAAAACCGAACGCUGGAUUUUUCCUCUUGAUUGACCUCAGUCCAUGGCUUGAGGAGUCGAACAGCAGCAAUGGGCAUAACCGGGAAUUCAUUCUAGCCCAGAAAAUGCUGGAUGCUGGUGUGGGGUUGCAUCCUGGCGAGGAGCAUGCUGAAGAAGAAGGCCAAUUCCGACUAGUUUUCACCCAAGAAAGGCAUACUCUAGCAGAAGGCCUGCGACGUCUGAUUAGUGUCCUGGCCGAUAUUCAACUUGACCGAAAGAGAGACGAUACAUCUCUACAUACAGCCCAAACCAGAAUUAGUCUUGCGUUAAACGGUGACAGCCUGAGUAGUGUGAGGACUGGGAUGAUGGUAUCAUAG